AUGGCGACCGGUGUCGAUGCAAAGCUGCUCAAGUCGACCAAGUUCCCGCCGGAAUUCAACCAGAAAGUUGACAUGCAAAAAGUCAACCUUCAGGUGAUGAAAAAAUGGAUCGCGAGCAAAAUUUCCGAUAUCCUCGGCAGCGAGGACGAUGUCGUCAUUGAGCUGUGUUUCAAUUUGAUCGAGGGCUCCAGAUUCCCUGACAUCAAGUCUCUUCAGAUUCAACUCACUGGCUUUUUGGACAAGGACACAGGCCCCUUCUGCAAGGAGCUAUGGAAGUUGUGCUUAAGCGCCCAGACUAGCCCCCAAGGCGUUCCCAAGGAGCUUCUGGAGGCCAAAAAGUUGGAACUGAUUCAGGAGAAGGUUUGCGAAUCUUUGAUGACCUUUCAGCAAGCAGUAGCUGACGACAGCUCUAGAUCGAAGCAGAUCGCGCCGCAGACGAAGCUCGCCGCCGACGUGAAGAUGCCGAAAGACGAGAACAAGAAAUAA